UGCAAAUCACAAAAAAAACAUUCACAAUGUUUUUGUAUGAUAUGACUCAAGGUCAUUCUUUGUUCAAAUUGAAACAUGUAAAAUUAUAAGAAAUUAAAAGUAGAACUUCUUAAAUAUGGCCAAUAAUGUGAUCCUCUUCUUGAUCGUUUGAUGAUGAUCUAUGGAUAUUCGUUUGGUCUAAUAAGCUUCUUAGAACUAUUUCGAACUAGUAACAUUUGGUAUUUGAGUCGCUAGAAAAUGUUUACUCUUCUAUGUGUAGAUUUAUUUUAUUUCAUCAGUCUACGUCAUUUAAAAUCAGUGCAGUGGACUAAAUAAAUGGGCAUUGAAUUGUUGCGGUUUUUUAUUAAUUCAUUAUCUUAAGAUACAAUACGAAAAAUGGCUACAGAUGUCAUAACACUUAUACCAGGAGAGAUUAUCGAAUGUAUUUUAGAAAAUCCGAAUAUUACAUUUCUAGAUAUUAUUAGAUUCUCGAUGUCAUGCAAGCAUUUAUAUCGAACUGUCAAAAGUAACAAUAAAUUGUGGAAAGUCAAAUACUUUCAAAGAUGGCCUCUUUUGAAGGAAUAUUACGAAGAAAAUAAUGAGUUAAAAGUAUUUAACUGGUUAAAUGAAAUACAAAUCAGCAUUGAAAUAAGGCGUAAUUUAAUGCAUCAGUUGUCUCUAAUGUCCAGCAAACAUUACAAAAGGGAAGAAUUGUCUAUUUCCGAAUUAAAAUAUUUAGAUCCACUUUUCCGUCCAGAACAAGGCGCCCAUCAAUUAAGUUAUUAUUUUCUUGUUGAUGAACUCAUCAAUCUGAUCAACCGUCCUGUUAUAAAUACUAACUUAACGUAUAGAUAUUAUGCCUUUAUAGUCCUUCGAUAUUUAAGACAGAAUUAUUUAACGGAAGAAUGGCAAAGAUUUAUUCAUUUUCCACCAAACAAACAAAUUUUAGAAAAAGGUGCAACUAUAGUAGCGCAAUGGAGUCAACCAGAACGACAUAUUUCUUAUUCUUAUAUUUCUUCAUUACUUGAUGACAUAGCUAAUCAAACAAAAAAUUUAUUAUAUGAAAGACAUCCUACGCAUUCUAUAUUUUCAUUACCCGCAGAAGAAUUAUUAACUUGGAAAAAUAGAAAUAUUGAUGAUAAUCAAUGGAGUACUUUAGAAACAAGGCAGAUCAUGGAAGUACUAUGCGAAGUACUGUUCCAAAAAUUAGGUUUCUAUGGAAAUAGCGAAAUGUAUUAUUCAUCAGAAAAUUCAUUCAUCGACAGGGUUUUGGAACGUAAACAUGGAAUUCCAAUGACGUUAGCAAUUAUAUUUGAAAGUGUCGCAAGACGACUUGGAGUACGAUGCGAGCCUGUUAGUUUUCCAUCACAUUUCUUAUUACGAUGGAAAGAAAAAUAUAAUGUUCCAGAUCCAGAAAAUAUAGAAAGUUUUUAUAUCGACGUGCUUAAUGGCGGUCAAUUUUUAACUAAAAAAAAUUGUCCUAGAAUUGGUGGAAUUUCUAGAUGUCCAAUAGCAAAGUACAAUGUACAUAAUCCUGCAACUGCUGUAGAGGUUGUAACAAGAAUGGCAUAUAAUCUAGAUAUAGCAGCAAGACAACACAUCCAUUUAAAUGGUAGAACAACACGCAUACGUUCUGCUUUAGAAUUGAAUUACAUGAUGCAACCUCACGACACAACUACUAUUCUACACUUGGGUCGCUUUUAUAUGCUUCAUCAGAUGGAUGUAUCAGAAUUAGUGAUAAUGUUGCAGAAUGUGCAAAAGGAUUUAGAAACUAGGGAAGAAGUAUCUUUAAUUCAACCAAUGUUGCAUAUGUUUCAGAAGUCUCAUAGAUCUGAAGAAGAGAUACAACCGAAACGAAGAACGUCAAAAGUAAAAUAUGCCGUUGGUUUAAUAAUGACGCAUAAAGUGGACGAUAAUUUAUGCGUAAUAACAGGAUGGAAUACGUCUUGUCAACCUCCUGUCAAUUGGCAUCAAAUAGAAGAUAGUGAAAAUUUAGAUCAACCAUUCUAUAAUGCUUUUGUUGAUGAUGGAUCAUCUCGUUAUGUACCUCAAGAAUAUUUAUUAUUAUCAACAAGACCAAGAAUGGUAAAUCAUUAUCAAAUUGGACAUUAUUUUCGUUGUUUUAAAGAAACACAUUAUGUGCCAAACGAAGAAACUUCUAAAGAAUAUCCGGAAGAUAAAGAAGCACUUGAAAAUAUACUAAAAACUUACCUCAAUUAAUUUGUUGUAUUAGCUAAUUAAUAUGCUGUACUGUCUGUGGUACUAUUAACAACAUAAUUAUGUAUCUAAUUAAUUUAGUACAUAAAUAUGUUUGUUUCUUUA